AUGACAUCGACACCAUCACCUCCUUUAGACAAGAAUUGCAACCCAUAUUUAACGCCACCUUUAGAUGGUGAAGUCUUGGUCACUAGUACAACACCUUCAGUUAAGGGUUGUGAAGACUUUGUCUGUUUGUGGAAGAAUUGCUUUCGUACAUUCAAUGACGCAGAAUUGCUUUACUUCCAUUUGUCGAACGACCAUGUUGGUCGAAAAUCGACUGGGAACCUAUGUCUUGUAUGUCAUUGGGAUGGAUGCGGAAAUAGUUCCAAAAAGAGGGAUCAUAUCACUAGCCACUUAAGAGUUCAUGUCUCUUCAAAACCACAUGUUUGUGAGAUCUGUACCAAGGCGUUUAAACGACCCCAAGAUUUAAAGAAGCAUGAAAAAAUACAUUACACACAACAACAAAGAAAGAUAUUCGACAAUAAGUUCACCAGGAUUAAUAAAAGUCAACCGGUUACGCCACCUCAACUCGAUGAUUCUCCUGGAGCUUCUUCCAUUUCAUCCCCGCAACCAUCUUAUUCGUCCAAUAGUGUAGCAUCUGGCUCACCAGUAGACUGCUAUUCAUAUCAAAUACCCCAGCUCUCUGACGGUGAAUUAUUCGAUUCUUGUCUAUUUGGAGAGGAUUACGUAAAGCCAAAGUCUAGCCAAAAACGCAGCAUAGAAGUUUUUGAAGAAUUUUAUCAAGAUGUGAAAAAGCAGCGCAUUGAUCCGAAUGUUUCUGAUGCUCUCGAUGGAAUUAACACCGAUCAAGAGAAUUUACCUCCUUCCCUUAGAAAAAAGGAAGAUCUCAAUAUUCUUGAAAACUUUUUAACACAAGCUCUAAAAGAUGUGGAAUUAUACGCCAAUCCUCUUUAUUAUACGCCUACUAACGUUGUAUAUCCUCCAGAGAAUAUCAUUGGUGGAGGUUCUUAUAAUUUCCCCGAUUCUUUUGGUACUAAUUUUGUACCGGAGGAAUAUUAUACCCAAAAUCUAAUAACGACAGGAAAUGGUGAUUUUAAUUUUACAUCGCCAUCGCUCAGUGAGUAUUAUUCAGUUGAUACGCCGCCGUUGGGACCUUCUAUUCAAAUAUCUCGACAAUGCAAGUCACGUCCGCCGUCGCGUAAAGAUAAAUCAACAGAUAGCAACACAUCAGAUACAUCAAAUAAGUCUACUGAGAGCCCCGCAUCUUCAAGUGAGGAUCGUGUAACUGAAGAAAAUGGAGAUGAUGAUCUGAUGGAAAGAUUCUCCAAAUUAAAAAUAGAUAAGGAACCUGAUACCAAAGCAUCGAACUCAGAGAAAUGUUCUGAAGCUAAAAGAAAUCACGCACUGAUUAGUUCUCUACUCAAGAAAGUAGCAGAUCUUUCUAGGCACUUAGGUGAAUCAUCGAUGAAACCUGAAGAUAAGGAUCGCGGAGAAUCUGUUCAACCUAACGUUUCGUCGAAUUUACUCAAGAAUUCUCUACCGACACAUCCCAUUUCAGAUGAUAAAAUAAAUUUUGAAGUAGAGAGUUUGGUCCUAGUAGAAUGA